AGCACUUCAAACAGAAAAAAAUGGCGAAAUCUUUGUUUCAAGUUUUGAUAGUUUCGGUACUGGCUCUGAUGAUGACACCAUCAAUCCAAGGAGCGUCUCCUUGUAAGGAGAACGGUAUGGGCGACUGCUACAUAUGGCAAGAGGUUACUGAUUGUAUUAACGGCUACUUCGGUGCUGGUGUUGCGGCUGCUGCUUGCAAUACCGCUGGUGCCCAAUGCUGUCAAUCAUAUGACAACGCAGAUUUGCAACAACAUCUGACGGACACAGCCAGCGCUGCUGACGGACUGUGUACUGCUGCUGGAGGAGGGUGUCGCCAUUUUUCAAACUUCUGUGCCGGGGCCUACAACGGCAAUCCCGCACAUUGUGCUGGUUUUCCAGCGCGUCAAUGUUGUGUGUAGGAAAACAUCGUUUUGAUCAGACAAAGAAAUUUAUGUAUUCAGAAAUAUUGUAAUCGGAAAAAAUUUUGUUUCUCACUUUAUUAUAUAUUGUCAUAAUCUUCAACAGUUUGUAGUCUUUAUGACUGUGGUUUUCUUCCGUAGGCUUUUAGCACUCAUGGCCUCGUUAAUCAUUCCAGUGGUAUUCAAAGUAUCAUGAUUGGUAGAUUCUAACUCAAAUUAUGUUAAAAAUAAGAGAUGAUCAACACCCUGUGAAAUAACCUUAUCAAGCAAUGAAUUGGUUUCUGCGAGAC